GGUGGAUGUGGUGAAUACAUCGUGUCAUUACGCUCUUACGGUCAAAAUAGUAGAUAUUUCUCGACUGUUGAGCCGUUCAGGGACCCACUGCAGGCAUGUUUAGCCCCCGCACUGCCCCGGGCUCCGGCCGCAGGCAGCAGGGCAGGGCCACCGGGAGGAAGAGCGUCUCCGGUGCGGCCACCAGCCUGCUGUUCUCCCCGCGCAGGACGCCGCUGUCGGCGAGGUCAACACCUACCCGAGUGCAGGGCCAUGCAGCUGCAGAAACCAUCAACUAUGAUGUGCAGACCUUUGGCUCGUCGCUUCCUGUCAAAGUGAUGGAGGCACUGACGAUGGCUGAUGCUGAUGACCAGAUAUCUGUAAAGGUGAACGAGAGCGGCUGGGCAUGGAUGGUUUGUGGUGAGAGACUGAUCAUCUGGAAGAUCUGCCAGACUGCUGUGGCCAAGCUAUCGGUGUGUAAGGAACUGCAGCUGCCCAACAGCGAGUACAACUACACAGCCGACCUCGUGGCCGUGACGUCCGUGGCUCCUUUGGAGAUUGCUGCCGUUCAGUCCAUUUCUGUGCUGGCGGUGGCUGCGGAAGGAACAGCUCGAUUAUGGCCCAACCUGUCACAGGAGGGCAACUACUCCGAGGCAGAUGUGGACCUGGGAGAUCUCUGCAACUUUGUUGUUGCUGUCAGAGGCGGAAGCUUUGUCGUGUCGUCAGUAAAGGGUGAGCUGUUAAGAGUGAGCACGGAUUCGUCAGGAAAGCUGCAGUAUCGAGCCCUGCAGCAGGGUCAGGGAAUGCUGUCUGGCAUUGGGCGUCGUGUUUCCAGCCUGUUUGGCAUCCUCUCCCUGCCAGCCAACGACACACUACACAGUGUACUGUGGGUGGAGGGAACAAGCUGCCUGUACACACUAACCAAUUCCAGUUUGAGUAAAUGGGAGGUGGAUGACAGCUCGGAGCACCAGAUCCUCAGCUGGGACGCCCGCAGAGCUCUGACUGAGAGCAUCGCCGACGCCAUCUGGGGAUCAGAGAGCAACUACGAGGAGAUGAAGGAGGGGGCGAACGUGGCGUAUCUGGACAUGAAGCUCAGCCAGGCCGGUCUGGUGGUUCUGGCUGCAGCUUGGCACCCGUCAGACACUCCCUGCCUGGCCUACUUCUGCCUGGUCACCCUGCAGGACAGCGGAGCCACCAUCUCUGACUCUUUCACCGUGGAGGUCACCAAGUACAGCUCUCCAUUCCAGAGCGAGGAGGCCCUACAGGCCACCCGGCUGGUGUUGCCGCGCUCCCCUGGCUCCACGGCUUUCCUCUACAACGAGGAGCUGGUGUUCGCCUGCUCAACAGGAACCAGCAGGGGGGGGCUGCCCGAUGAGAAGAUCAGCUUUAACUCACCGGGUGACAACGUACGUGGAGGAGGCUGCUGCGCCAACCUGCCGGUGUUUUUCUCCCAGAACAGCGGCCUGGUGGCUGUUGUGGCCCGAGAAAGCGCCUCCAUCCUACCAGAGACCAUGGAGGACUCUCUGUGCUCCUCGCUGGCAGCAGGACCAGAGGUUUCUGCCAUGGAGACUCCAACCAGAGCAGAACCUGUGGCUCAGGAGGACAAAACCAAACUCCUGAAGGCAGCCUUCCUGCAGUUCUGUCGUAAUGACCUGGUUGGGGCUCAGACAGUCACAGAUGAGCUCUUCCCCACUGACAGUGAUGGAGAGGAAGGAGCUGAGCUGGACAGCAUGGUGACUCAGAUCAACCUGGACCUCGUGGACGAUUACCCGGCCUCUGACCCCCGCUGGGCCGAGUCUGUCCCUGAUGAGAGUGCCGGCUUUCCGCUCACCUCUCUUAUAAUCCUCCACCAGCUGGAGGACAAGAUGAAGGCCCACGGCUGCUUCAUGGAUUUCCUUCUCCAGGUGGGUCUGCUGGACCGGCUCAGUCAGGUGACGGUGCGUUCGUCUCCCAUGGCGACACGCCUGCUGCUGUGUGAACACGCCGAGAAGCUGCAGGCGGCCAUGGUGUUAAAGAACCACCACACCAAACAUGCCGAGCUGGUCAACCGGGCCAUCAGCACCGCACUGCAGAGGAGCAACACCUCGGUGCCGCCCAGCCUCACUGCUGCUGACGUCUUCUUCAGAGAGGUGUCUCAGGUCUCCUCGGUGUUCGAUUGUCUGCUGGAGGAGGAGGAGCGGAGUCUGAAGGAGAACCCGGUUGACUCAGUGCAGUGGGCCGAGGCGGUCAUCACAGUCAACAACAUCAUUAAGGACAUGCUUCAAGCUGCUGGUCAGUACAGAGAGACAAAGGCUUCUAUGUACAGAGCUUCUGAAAACACUGCUGCAGAGCCUGAGUACAUCCCCUGGACAGCAUCAGGAGGUGUUGGUGGCGUUCGCACCGUCAUCUCCCGCCAGCAUGAGAUCAUCCUGCGCUCAGUGUAUCCGCAUGCAGACUCCGAGCUGCGCAGUGCCCUCUGUGAGCAGCUGGUGGCGCUGUUGGACAUCUACUUGGGCGGCUACGUGGCCCAACUGACUUCUCUGCAGCAGAGGCCCCCAGGAGCCCAGCAGGAGCGUUACAACAGCCUGGAGAUGGAGUACAGCCAGCGCCGCUCUGAGCUGCUGGCACCGCUGUUGGAGCUGGGCCAGCACCAGUGGGUGGCAGCGCUGGCCGAGAAGUACUGCGACUUCGACAUCCUGGUGCAGAUGUGUGAGCAGACGGACAACCAGAGCCGCCUUCAGCACUACAUGGCCAAGUUCGCUGAUCAGAAUUUCGCCGACUUCCUGUUUCGUUGGUACAUGGAGAAGGGAAAGAGAGGGAAGCUGCUGUCCCAGCCGGCCGCUCAGCACCAGCAGCUGGCCAGCUUCCUGCACUCCCACCAACACCUGAGCUGGCUGCACCACAUCCACGUCCACGACUACCACAGCGCCUACAGGACUCUGUACAACCAGGCCAACAUGGAGACGCGCUACUUUGUGAAGAAGAAGACUCUGCUGGCCCUCAGCAAGCUGACGACGCUGGCCUCCAACCUGCCGGAGGACGAGCUCACCAAACAAGUCAACGACAUCGUGGAGCAGGAGCGCUUCCUGCUGCAUCAGGAGACUCUUCCCCGACAGCUCCUGGAGGAGAAACAGCAAAACCCCGACACCAUGCCUCUGCUCAGCGCUCACAACCUCAUACAGCUGUACAUCUGUGAUGACAACAGGCGAGCCAACGAGUACGACUUCAAAAAGGCUCUGGACCUGCUGGAGUACAUCGACGAGGAGGACGCCGUCGACAUCGACUCGCUCAAAUGUGAGAUCUUCGGCAAAGCGCUCAGGAGAGACGACUGGUCCUCUGCUGACGGGAGCGACGACCCUCUGGAUGCGGCCAAGGACAGCAUCUUCGUCAAGAUCCUCCUCAAACUGAUACAGGAAGGUGUUCCUCUGCAGACGUACCUGCCCGACGUCAAAGAGCUGCUGGAGCUGGACGAGCUGAGCAGUUUGAAAUCGAAGCCCUACUUUGAAUUUGUCCUUCGAGCCAAUUAUGAACAUUACCUUCAGGCCCAGAUGUGACGACCGCCCACCUCCUCCCACUGCACUUCUGCUCCCCGUUGCAUUUGAAUCAUUUUCAAGAUUUGUUUAGUUGUGCUGUUUUCUAAAUAAAUGUGUUGUUAUUUCUGUA